AUGAAUGCGAACCGAGUCAUGGUUGGAAGGGCGGAACAGACGACAUUUAAGAAAGCAGCACAAUACCGCGACAGUUUAGGCGUGCAUGUGAUUGGAAAGUGUAGAAUAACGGUCAAUCACCCUAGACUGGCUCCUGAAUUAGGAGAAGCGAUGAACAACACUGCCUUGCCCCUAGGAUCUACAAAUCCUAUACCUACGAAGGAUUUCGCUUAUGCAGCAACAGUUGACGAAGGUCUUACAGGAACGGAAAGGAGAACGGUCUUUAGAAAUCAGUCAGAAUACGCAACUGUGGAAAUUUUUUCGAAAAACAGUUCUAGGCUUCCCGAGGAAAAUGAAGCUCCGAAAUGGUGGUCAUCAGCGAAUGAUUCAAAAAGUGAUUCAGCCAAUAUUGCCGAAAGUUUGCUGAUGUUCGUUGAUACAAGGCGGUUCGCGUGA